AUGGCAGAACCGACGGAACCCAAUCCUGGCGAGUCGGCCAACCCGCCGGCUGAAACGAAUGCGCCAGCGCCGGUGACAAGUGAGCCGCCUGCACGGACCGAGCAACCUUCAGACGAAGCAAACGCGCCCACAACCCAAGGUCCGACGCCGACGACUGAGCCUCAACCGGAACCUUCCCCGGCGCCGCCAGCUCCGCCAGCGCCCUCAGAACCCCCGGCAUCUUCAGAACCGCCAGCACCCUUAGAAUCUCCAGCACCUCCAGUUCCCCCGGCACCUCCAGCGACUUCGGCGACUUCGGCGCUGCCAACCACAGAUUCAAAUGCUCAUCAACAAGAGAUCCGUCACUCUGUGGAAGAAACCAAUCACUCGGAACCUGCGCCCAGCUUUACCACGUCCUCUUUGAUUCCCGCACUCCCAGCAAUGGACACAUCUCUCCCGCCUAUCGAUCCGUCUCACUCUUUGGAUGAUAAUGAGCUCCCUUCAUUUGACGCCGCGCUUCGUGCUGUGAGCUCUUCUGCAGGGCCAGAUCUGUCGCUUCCAGCCAUCGACACAACUCUGCCCUCUCUGGACGAGUCCCUACCAGCGAUUGGAACGGAUAUACCGACCAUGGAUCACCCAUUUGGUGACGAUAGCCCCUUUGGGCACCACGAUCCACACGAUGGAUCUAUAAACACGCUAGAUACAGGCCACGACACGACUCAUCAAGGAUCCAUCAAUGGCUCUACGCAUUACCCGGCGGCAUCUAAUGACAACUACCAGACGUCAAAUGGCAACUAUCAAUACACCCAAAACUCACAGCACGAUGGACGACAACAAUCACAGGGCUCGCCUCAACAUCAGUACCAGUCUCAACCUCAGCAGAGUUACCAACAGCAGACCUCCGACAUGUACCACAAUACAAGCGGGGGUUUCGCCAGUGUCAACGCCAACUCCAACAACAAUGGCCAAGGACAGCCCGGUCAAGUGCCUCAAGCACCGAUCGGAUCUCCCAUGCCAUCCAAUAUGCCUCCCAUGGCAUCUAUGGGGCAGUACAUGACCGGCUACCCGUCCAAUGUGUCUCCCUCGGGCAUGAAUUCGAAUCCACAGAUGCCGUACUCACUUCCGGGAGAUCCCAAUAAGAUGCUUUCAGGUGGCCGACAUAAAAAAGAAGUUAAGCGACGUACAAAAACCGGGUGUUUGACUUGUCGCAAGCGACGAAUUAAGUGCGACGAAGGACAUCCGGUCUGCAGAAAUUGUGUCAAGAGCAAGCGCGAGUGUCUAGGGUACGACCCGGUGUUUCGCCCUCAAGCGUCUGCUCCGUCGGCGAUCCAGCCAGCUCCAAACCCUCAGGCUCCGUCACUCGUUGUCAACCCCCAAGGCCCUCCUGUGCCUUCGGCACCUUCAUAUCCUUCUGCGCCGCCUGGGUACAUGCCCGCUUCCUCACAACCUUUUGCGCCGUCCCUCCACUCCGAAUCCCCUAGCGCCUCGACCGACCACCACGACAACGGAGCUGGCAUUGACCAUUCUCUCGCGAACAGUACCGUAUCACACCCUUCAAAUAUGCAGUCUGCCAACGAUUUCCGGACACCAACCUCAGAUAUGGUCUACAAAGCCAAAAACCUGAAUAUCAAUGACUUGAUUGCUUUACGGGGCAUCCCUCCACCGGCCCCUCAUCCUAUCGGCUCCCUUCCUCCCGGCCGCCUCGAAGAGAUCCAAGCGGUGUUCCUGGCCACAUAUGCCCCAGCAAUUGACAAGCUGCUGGAAGUUCGAUGGUACACAGACAAGGCGCUGUCAUCUCUCAUGGCGGAUGCGCAGCUUAUGGCAGACUACUCAGCCUUGAUCAACGCCUUCAACGAUUGGAACCUCAAUGACGGAAACACGGUCGCCCGCUUGGAGAGUUUUGAGGCUUCAAUCAUUUGGAGAAGCAUGACCCUGUGCCGGCAGGCGCAAAGCUCAGAGAAUGGGCAACACGGCCAAGACUGGAAUUUGACUGCGGCAACUGCGCGUCUCAAUGCUAUCGAAGCCCUUCUCACCUGGACCCACCUGGAUCAGAACGCCUUGUCGCGCGCACUGCGAACGGAGGCUGCAACCCCACCCCAUCAGCCAGAUCAGUUCAUGCAGCGGCAAUUGGACUUCUGGAGCGAACUCGGCGACUUCCUCACGCUUCACGACAAUGAAGCCAGCUCAGCCAAGCAGAUUGACGAUACACUAGGGCGAGGUCGCCAAUUGCUUGAUACCUAUGAAAACCGCGACAUUAUCUAUUCCAUCGCCAUUGCACGGCACCUUGGCCAACGCUGGGCCGAUUUCCCGAACAGCCUUCCUAAGGUCGGAUACACUGCCGAGAAGGAGUCUGGCACCAAGCUAUUCGUCGCGCAGAAGUUCAUCGAAGAGGAGGCCGAGGGCAAGGGCACGACGCAAAUCUACAAGCGCAUCUGCUGCAUGGCAGUUCGCUCUUGGUGGGUUGCCCGCGAGUAG